GUGAAAGGGUUGAGUCUGAGAGGGCAGAAGGUGCUGUGGCUCUUCCACAAACAGAACAAGAAACAUCCACGAGCACAAGAGUUGUAUUCUCUUUCAUUUUACUUUGAGCUUUUUCUUUUGAGAAGCUUCUUCAAGAGUUCCCUUGGAAGAGAAGUUUUUUUGUCGCCAUACCAAGGGAGAUUUGAACUGCGAUGUCUCUGAGAGGUGAAGUGUGUGUGGUGACGGGAGCCAGUGGAUUCCUGGGAAAGAGGCUGGUGAGGCUGCUGCUGGAGGAAGAGAAAAUGGCUGAGAUUCGACUGCUGGACAAACAAGUACAGCCAGAACUUCUAUACUCUCUGGAGGAAUGUAGAGGCAACACAAAGUUGAGCGUUUUCGAGGGCGACAUCAGAGACGGGGAUUUCCUGAGAAAAGGCUGUCGAGGUGCAUCGAUCGUCUUCCACAUGGCAUCCAUCAUUGACGUUUAUGACUCAGUGGAGUACAGUGAGAUAUACGGGGUCAAUGUCAAAGGAACGCAGCUGCUUCUGGAGGCUUGUAUUCAAGAGAACGUGGUGUCCUUCAUCUAUACCAGUACCAUCGAGGUGAUGGGACCAAACUCUAAAGGUGAACCCAUAAUCAACGGCAGCGAGGACACAGUUUACAACUGCACUCUGAAGUUUGCCUACAGCAAGACCAAAAAGGAGGCUGAGCAUAGAACCCUGCAGGCCCACGGCGAUGUGCUCAAUAACGGAGGCCGGCUGGCCACCUGCGCCCUCAGACCUAUGUACAUCUACGGGGAGGGCUGCCGCUUCCUGCUGGGCCACAUGGGCGACGGGAUACGAAACAAGGGCGUUUUGUUUCGUAUGUCCCAACCGGAGGCCCAAGUGAAUCCUGUGUAUGUCGGCAACGUGGCUGCAGCCCACCUCCAAGCAGCCCGCAGCCUCAAAGAUCCACAAAAAAGAAACGCUAUCGGAGGAAAGUUUUACCUAAUUUCUGAUGACACGCCACUUGGAAGUUAUUCGGACUUCAACCACGUCAUGAUGUCCCCUCUGGGCUUCAACAUUCAAGAGAAGCUCAUGUACCCGCUCCGCCUCCUCUACGUGGUCUGCUUCUUAAUGGAGAUGCUGUGCAUGAUGGUGCGACCUUUCGUACGCAUCGUCCCGCCCCUGAACCGGCAGCUCGUCACCAUGUUGAACACGCCAUUCAGCUUCUCCUAUCAGAAGGCUAAGAAGGACCUGGGAUACGUCCCCAGAUACACCUGGGAGGAAGCACGCAAGCGCACCAUUGAAUGGCUCGCGUCAGAGCUGCCAAAGGAGAGGGAAAGAAUAAAUGCUAAAUAAUUCUGAAAAAGUUAUGUUUUUUUUUUAUGAACUAAUGUUAGUUCUAAUAAGUGUUUGAAUAAGUGAAAGGAAUGGGAAGCACACAUUCAAAAACAUGGUGAUCAUCACUGUUGAUUUUUCUGCAAAGACACUAAUUGUGGAUUAUUUUUUUUUUUACAAUGUGGCACUUUUCUAAUUAUUCUGAUUAGUUUAGUAAAGGUUUUAGUUUUUUCUUUUUUUUAUUGAUAUUUCCAGCAGGAGUCGCCAAAGAUUCCUUCACAUAUGGGGUUUAUUCUUUAGGCUACAUAAGCUCCACUUUACUCUGUUUCUUAAAAAUUGUUGGCUUUCUAGAUCAACCUCAGGAGAGAUGAUGUAAGGUAGACAAUACAGUAAACAGUGUUAACUUAACCCUAUGAGGAAGAGGAGGGUUGGACUCACAACACACUAAAAGCUUAAAUACAAAAGUUUAUAUCUUGUAGCUUUGAUUCAUGUCAUUAUCACCUGAUGUUCCUGUACUGUCCUGGCAAUAUGUUCCUACUAUUAAAGUUUAUGGUGAGAAAAACCUUA